AUGAAUUCCCUAAAGAUUGUGGCGGAAUAUAGCGUAAUCAAUGGGAGUUUCUCCAUAAUCACUCUUGACCUCCUUCCGAAGAAUCUGCCCCCUCGCCGUAACCUUGCCUACUGCUUCAGCACCACCGCGGAGAAUAUGGCCGACUUUCUUCACAAAGCCAUUGGAGCAUUGUCUCUUGAUGAUGAGGAACCUCUAGUCCUCCCUGAUAGCCCCCAGUACAGAGUCUUUGAUGAGAAUGAAAAAAGCCUAUUGGGUCGUCUUCUUAAUCCGGAGUGUCAGUCAAUGGAAAGAAUGAUUGACUACAUGCCAACGGCUUGGCGUGUGCAAGGGAGAGUCCGUGGAAUUGCGCUGUCUCGAGACAGAUUUCAAUUUGUUUUCCAGCGUGAAGAGGAUUUAGCGACGGUCCUAAAGGAUCGCCCAUGGUCGUAUAACCACUGGGCAAUGGUUCUAGAACGGUGGUCUUCCUUUCCCCCGGAGAACUUCCUCCAGAAUAUGAGCCUUUGGAUUCGGAUCCGACAUAUUCCAGCUGACUUCUUCACUGUUAAAACAAUGUUUAGAUUGGCCUCGGAAAUUGGAGAAGUGGAGGAGAUUGCCUAUGACCCUGAGGUAUCUCAUACGAAGGACUACAUCAGAGCACAAGUGAUAUUUGAUACCACUAAGCCACUGAAAGCAACACGGAAGCUGAGCACACCAGGAAAGGUGGUCACUAUUGAGUUUGAAUACGAGAAGAUACACAAAAGAUGCUUUCAUUGCUUGCGUCUAACACAUGAAAAGAUCCGAUGCCCUAUGCUGAGGAAAGGAGCUCAGACUGAACGGAGAGUGCUCCUUGAUCCUGUAGAGGAAGUGGAGAAAGCCCAGAGUAAGCGUAUUGCGACAGGUCCAGUUGAGAUCUUGGAGGGGCCACCUGGUUUUCCACCUUUGUUCCCGGAGCUAUCUAAACAAGACUUGAAGAUGGCUAUGCAGUAUAUCUCACACUCGGAUCCAACAGAGAGAAUGGCCAGAAUUGAAAGAGUUCGGCAAGGAAUUGAAGACAAUAAAACAGAGGCCUCAGUGCGACUUACAAGAAUCUCUGGUGAUUUGGAUAAAGGAAAAGGCCAUGUUUUUAGUUACACAGAACCAUCUUUCUCUCAGCUGCUGCAACGGCAGACUGACAAUGCCCUGGUGGUCUCUGGCAUACCAACAACCUCUCGUGGAGGAGAACAAGAGACAUCAUCUUCAUACUCUUCGGCUCUAUCUGCUCCAACCUUGAUUUCGACGGGUUUUCAGCUCGGCCCCUCGCUGGAGGGGCGAGCCUCCGGAAGCCUGAGCCAGAAAAAAACAAUGCGCCGACGGCCCACUUCCUGGAAAAGGAAAGUGACUCCAAAAGCCAGUGUUGCAACAGAGGACCAAGUGGGCACAUCUCACGCAUCUUCUCAACGCAACACGAAGAGGAAAUCUACUUCUCCUUUGCUCGCUUCAGACAACAAAAACCUGAAAACAUCAGAACCUACGGUGGCUUCCAGUAUGAAGCCGCUGCUGCCCCAAUGA